UUACAGCUAACUGAAGGGUUUGUGCAUGCAGAACCAGCUUUAAUUAUUUUUUUUAAAGUACUUUGAGCUGUGCAACAGUGGAAAAUAAUCAACAAAAAAAUCUAAAUCUAUGCUGCUUUUAAAUGUAUCUCUUGUUGAAGUGUGGGUUGACAAGCUGUCCCCGAAAUCAGAGCUACAAUGAAUUAGGAUGAUGUGGACUGCUGUUUGGCUUGGGGUUUCUUCAGCUGUAUACCAACUCUCUUGGCAAAAAGUACCAUAGGCCAUUAUAUGGAAUGAGAAAGAUGAAUAAAAAUAAACUGAUUCAUGAUUUUUUGGAAUUAGUUUCAAGAGGUGAUGUAGAACUCAUCUGUGACCAUAUUACUAAAGUUCAUUCCAUCCUUGGAAACCUUGACUUUCAGCAUCCCAAAACUGGGAAUACACCACUUAUUACUGCAGCAGAAGAAAAUCUAACAGAGGUUGUCAAAUUUCUUCUGGAAAAGGGAGCAGACAUCACCCUUUGCAAUUACAACAACCAAACUGCCGUCCAUGUGGCUAACUGCACAGUCCAAAGACAACUUUUGGCCAUCAACGGAAUCCAGGCUGCCCAAAUGCAGCUUCUACAAAGUUCAUGGCAAGGUGAUCUUGAACAACUGCAGCACUUGCUGGCAUCUGAAGAGAUCCUGGAUAUAAAUUUCCCAAACCAACAUGGCUUGACCCCUGUGAUGUUGGCUGUGAGAGAUGUGGACCUGUUUGAGAGUCUCGAUGUGUUAACAGUCUACAGACCCGUGGAGGUUCUGUCUGAACUCCUCAGGCAUCGUGCAGAUCCUAAACUCUGUGAUUUUAGUGGAAAAUCAGCAAUACAUUAUGUGUCACAAUUAGAGAGUUUUAAGAAACAGCAGUUAUUGGACAUUCUAAUGAAUUCUAUGCCAAAACAAGAGAGACAUGCUGCAUCAUUGCUUGACAUUUGUCAUGAUACAAACUCUUCUCCAACUGAUAUGAGAGUUACUGAAAACCAAAAUAUUCUCUUGGAAAGCAUCAGCAGCAGUGAG